AUGGGCGCCUUCCGAGCCAACCGGGGCAAGGAAACCUCCCGAGCCAGCUCGGGCAGGGAAGCCCGACGAGCUGCCUGGGCACCCCCGGUUCCAUCGGCGGUGAUCCAGAACCGAAGUCACCACCAACCGGAACGCCAGUACUCCCCAAUGCUUCAUGUGAUGGCUUCGGGAUUCUCUCCCCCGCCACCCAAGAGAGCCCCCAGUACCACUUUGACACUGCGCUCCAAGUCUAUGACCGCCGAACUGGAGGAACUGGCUUCCGUCCGGAGGAGGAGAGGAGAAAGGCUAGAUGAGAUGCUAGCGCCUCAGGAGCCUGUGACAUUACGUUCCCAGCCCACAGAGGCCGACUACAGAGCUGCUACUGUCAAACAGAGACCUACCGGCAGGAGAAUCACUCAAUCAGAGAUCAGUUCGUUGUUUGAGAGGCAGGGCAUGGCAUUACAUGGUGGGCUCCACCCAAGGAUGGAGAGGGCUCAUAUGCAGCUGCCUAGAGGGAUGUCCAGGACCAAGUCAUUCGGUGCGACUGAGGAGGACCGUCUGUCGGUUUUGGCUGGAGAACACCGUUUCCCCCGGAGCUCCUCAAUGACGGACAGCCUCAGAGACCACUCCCACUCCCAUUCUAUCCCGCCUCCUCCCCAGACCGCACCUCCUCCUCCCCCUUCCCUCUACUACCUGGACACUGGCCCUCCUCCUGCUUUCUGCCCCCCUCCUCCUCCUGCCAGGGGUCAUGGUCAGGGUCAUGACCCUGGAGGUCGUUCCAGCUUCAAGCCCUCCUCCCUGGACCUGGACCGGCCCUACGACCCAUCACCCCGCCUUUCCUCCCACGCCGAACGCCAGAAGAAGGCAAGGUCAAUGAUUAUUCUACAAGAUUCCUCCCACUUACCCGUGGAGCCCACCGAAAUUCCCCGCCCCUCCGCAUCCGCUACACCACCAGAGCGAAUCAAACGGAAAGGCCGGUUGAUUGACAACCCGUACGCCAAUGUUGGCCAGUUUAGUAUUGGAUUGUACACACCCACCAAGCCCCAGCGCAAGAAGAGCCCUCUGGUGAAACAGCUACAGGUGGAGGACGCACAGGAGAGAGCCAGCAUCGCCUUGGCCGCUGCCCACUCCCGAGAGCCCUCCCCCUCAGGUCGACACCCACACACCCACGGCCACACACACACCAGCCGGGCCGACUACUACCAGCAGCAGCUGAUGGUGGAGCGCGAGCGUAUGCGUCUCCAGGGAGAGGCCCUGCUACAGGGGAAAGGGCCGUUCGCUGCCGCUAUAGCCGGCGCUGUGAAGGACCGAGAGCGCCGUCUAGAGGAACGGAGGAAAUCCACAGUCUUCCAGUCGGUGGGGACCAUGGAGGGGGGGUCGGGGUCUGCCCCUGAGCCUCCCUCCUACACCACAUCUCGAUCCAUCGAUGAGCGCCUGCUCAGCAGAGAACUAGGCCAGCUGCCACCCCCCGCCCUGGCCCUGCGCCCCUCACCUGGCGGCACUACCUUCAUCCACCCACUCACAGGGAAGCCCCUGGACCCUAACUCACCCCUUGCUCUUGCGCUGGCCGCAAGGGAGCGGGCACUUACCUCCCAGAGCCAGUCCCCCGCCAGCAGCCCUGAGCCCAGGACUAAAAAGGACAGAGCUGGUGUUGGAGGUCAGGGGGCUUCACUUUUCAUCGAAAGCCAGACCAAAGAGCCUCAGCAUGGGGGCGGGAGGCCGGGGUCGCCCCAGGCUGGUAAAUCCCAGUGGGGAGUGUCAUCACCCGCCUUGCUUCGCCAGGAGAUGGAGGGAAGAGGGGAAGAGAGGAAGGAGGAGAGGAGAACGGGAGAUAAGAAGAGUAUGUUGAUCAGUAUCAUGGACACAUCACAACAGAAGACAGCUGGACUAAUCAUGGUCCAUGCCACCAGUAACGGCCAGGCGGUGGGGCUGGGACCAGGGCUGGAGCAAACCCCCACCUCCCUAGCCACCGAGCCCAGUAAACCCUCCCUCAGUCGGGCUCUGUCGCCCAGCCCCUCUGCCUCUCAGCCCCAGGCCCAGGGCCCUUCCAGCCCAGCCCAGGCUCCCCUGGCCCAGGGCAGUUCAGAGGAAGAUGUGGAGCCCUACACAGUGAGCCUACCUCCAGCCAUGCUGUCCUCCAGUGAUGAAGAGACCAGAGAGGAGCUGAAGAAGAUCGGGGUGCUCCCACCUCCGGAUGAGUUUUCCAACGGGUUGUUGGCCAAUUCACAAGCCCAAGCCCAAGGGACCCCUGUACCCCAGUCUAAAUCCAUCAUUUCCCCUACAACUCUCCUCACCCCUUCCACCACCACCCCAAACCCCAGCCUGACCCCCACCCAACACCAGGUGCCUCCCCUCCAGCCUACCCCCGGAGGAGCAGUCGUCUCAGGGAAACCUUCAUACCCGGACCAGCCCCAUCCUCCAGCCCUGCUGGCUGAGUCUGGUUCAGCAGCAGACUCUGGUGUGGAGGAGGCAGACACACGCAGCUCCAGUGAGAGAGAGCGAGACCACCACCUGGAGACCACUAGCACUGUGUCCACCGUCUCCAGCAUGUCCACUCUGUCCUCAGAGAGUGGCGAACCCGCUGACACACACACCUCCUAUGCUGACGGGCAGACCUUCGUGCUCGACAAGCCGCCAGUGCCUCCCAAGCCCCGGCUCAAGUCCCACUUUGGAGGCAGUAAAGGCCCGGUCACCUUCAGAGAUCCGCUGCUGAAGCAGAGCUCUGACAGCGAGCUGUUAUCCCAGCAGCAGGCGGCUGCUCUAGCUGCAGCAGCAGCCGGAGGGGCAGGGCUGGGGCAUGGAGGCCUGGGUUCUGGAGGCCUGGGGCAUGGAGGCCUGGGUUCUGGAGGCCUAGGGUCAGGCUCUAUAUCUGGCCUGGUGGGAGGCCCCGGGAGGCCCCGCUACCUCUUCCAGAGGAGGUCCAAGCUGUGGGGGGACCAGAUGGAGGCGCGAGGACCCGGAGUGGGGUUAGGGAUGGGGAGUCUGGGGAGUCUAGGGGGGUUGGGGUUGGGGCUGGGGGGUGAGGAGGGGGGGAAACCAUCGGUGAUGGGGGAGCUAAGUUCCAGAUUGCAGCAGCUGAAUAAGGAUACCCGGUCACUGGGGGAGGAGGAGCCACUGGGGUCAUCGCUGGACCCUGGGAGGAAGUCCCCUGUGACAGGCGCCAGACUUUUCAGCAGUCUAGGAGAGCUCCACACCAUUUCCCAGAGAAGCUACGGCACCACCUACACCAUCCGGCCUGGCAGCCGCUUUCCCGUUACACGCCGCACUCCAAGCCCUGGCUCGGGCUCCCCGGAUCGGGGUGACCCCCUCAGUCGACUCCCAGGCUUCGGCCUACCCACCUCACCCACCAUGCCGCACCACACCAUCCUCAAGUCGUCCAGCCUCAGCCUGCACCAUGAGCCCAAAGAGGUACGUUUCGUUAUGAGGAGCUCCAGCGCCCGGUCCCGCUCCCCCUCCCCGUCCCCUUGUCACUCCCCCGGGCUGGGCUCGCCCCUCCUGGCCCUCAGGCCCUUCCACCAGAAGCCCCUCCACCUGUGGAACAAGUAUGACGUUGGAGACUGGCUGGAGAGCAUCAACCUGGGGGAGCACAGGGCCGGCUUUCAGGAGCACGAGAUCGAGGGCUCGCACCUCCCGGCACUCACCAAGGACGACUUCGCUGAGCUGGGGGUGACGCGCGUGGGACACCGCAUGAACAUCGAACGAGCACUUAAACAACUGCUGGAGAGCUGACCCCUGCUAUGAGAGAGAGAGGGGGAUAGAGAGGGAGAGAAAGAAAAGGAGAUGGAGAGAGAUAGAUGGGGAGAGGGAGAUGGGGAGAGAGAGAGAGAGAGAGAGAGAGAGCGAGAGAGAGCAAGAGAGAGAGAGAGAGCAAGAGAGAGGGAGGGAGAUGGAGAGUGAGAGAAAGAAAGGGAGAUGGAGUGACAGAGGGAGAUGGGGAGAGAGAGAGAGAGAGAGAGAGAGAGAGAGAGAGAGAGAGAGAGAGAGGGGGAGAUGGAGAGAGAGACAGAAACAGAGAGAAAACAAGAGAGAGCUUUUAAACUAGCUCCAUUUUUAGGUGGUUUUCAUAUUAGGUGCAGCUAGUUUUCAUUUUUAGGUGAAUUUGUUUUCAUUUGGAUGUUUCUGAAAGUGUACGUUUUGUAUUAAUACUGUGCUCUCAGCACUGCACUGAAUGAGUAGGUGUUCUAUAUAUAUUUUCCCUAACCCUACCACCCCUUCCCAAAUUGGAGUAAACUAAUGAAAUAUAUUUUCCUUCUUUAUUAAAUUCCCCUAAGCCUACCACCCCUGCCCUAAUUGGAGUAAACUAAUAGAUAACAAUACUUAGACUUCUACUUCGAAGAAAUUCUUUGCAGGAGCGAAUCUUGCAUGAGCUCCUAUUAGAACAUUUAUUUGUAACAGCUUCUGUUGUUGCUCCUCUAGUCACACUUUUAACCUCUCCGACAGACCAUUCCUUCUUUGUACAUCUCCUUCUCUUCCUCCCUCCAUCCGUUCCCUCUAUCUCUUUGCCUGCUGUUUUUUUGGCCUCUGAAGGAUUCCCCGUUUGCAUGAAGAAGGAGGAGGAUGAAUCUCUAACCAUAAGGAAAGUUCAGAGAUCCGCUCAGCGACAGCGAACACAGGAGUAAAGACACAGUACUGAUCUAGAACUAACAUAAUGUUGACAUACUGACAGUACUGACAUGGGCCUCUUUCCUCUCUGCCUGGCAUUGUAAUUAAACUAGAGACACUUGAGCCCAGAGACGGAGCUCCGCGUUGGAGACCACAUAGGGAAAACUCCUCCAUCCUGGGACCUUCUCGAGGACUGACAGCGCUAUCUAUUAUAUUUGGAGAAUGUUUAACCAACACUAGUGGCUUUUUUUCAUAAUCAAAACAUUUUGCUUUGGGUUUCCAAAGGGAAUAUUAUAGAUAAAUAUGAUAUAAAUGUAUUUAAAUAGUUUUGAGGGGGGAAAAAACGACAGAAUGUUAAAAUGAAGAUAUGUAAUAAACUAAAGAGCAUCUGACUCCUACUUCUAGACAAAGGACAGAGAGAAAACUUUAACAUUUAUUGCACCAAUAAUUUACUUGUUUUUACCAAUUAUAUAAAUAUAUAUAUUUGAAAAAAAGUUCAUAGAUAUAUACAAAUGACAUUUUGUCAUAAAAUAUACAACUUUAGUAAAACUAUACAUGGUAUUCUAUAUACAACCCACUGUUGAUGAACUGUCCUUACAUGGUCACCCUUUCCUGAACAGAAGCAUGAAAAGUUGCAUCACGUCUUGAAAAGAGGGUUGUGGUUUAAUUUCUGUUUGUUUUCUUACGGUCUUCCGUCAUACUGAAGGGCAGUGAGGGGUGUGACAUCCCAGUUUAACCCCAGUGACCCUGUGACCUCAACACAUACUCAGAUAU